AUGCAGACUCGUCCACCGAUUCCCAACCCUGAAGACUACGGCAUCGACCUUCGCACAGGCUUCGUGCCCAGCCAGUCUGUAGAAUUGCCAGCAUACUACGCGCCAUGGCGCGACUUGUGUUCGAAGAUGCCGGAACUUCUGCAGAAGCAGACGGCCCGCUCGGCGAUCGAUGCUCUCGACAUCCUCGACACCAAGCACCUGGCCACGCUCGCACACUGGCAACGGGCUUACAUCCUGCUAGGCUACCUCAGCCAAGCAUACAUCUGGCAAGACAGAAGCAUACCAUCGUCCACCGUCCCAGCCAGCGUCGCGGACCCGUUCCUCAAAGCCUGCGACCAUCUCGGCAUGCAGCCGGUGCUGAGCUACGCCGGCUCAUCACUGUGGAAUUGGGAACCCAAUGGCAGACACCACGACGAGAACCACCACACCAGCGGCACCGCAGCCUCCUCGUGUCCAGACCUCGCAGACUUCAGCACGAUCAAAUGCUACACCACAUUCACCGGCACUCGGGACGAGGACUCCUUCAACCUCGUUCCGUCCAUGGUCGAAGCCGAAUCCGGCCGCCUCAUCCCUCUCCUCUUGAACGCGCUCGACCUAGUACACCAGCACCAAGUCCAGCAGAAACAGCAACAGCCUGGCGUCUUUCUCCACCUCCUCCCGGUCCUGGAAGAAUGCACAAGGACAUUAACCAAGAUGCACGAGAUCCUCUCCGUCCUCUUUGACAACUGCGAUCCGUCCGUCUUCCACCAAGACAUCCGACCCAUGCUCGCCGGCAGCGCAGCCGCCGAGGACAAAGGCCUCCCUGCCGGCGUCACGUUCCAGUGUAGUGACGGGUCUCGAGUCGUCGCCAAAUGCGUCGGCGCUAGUGCCGGCCAAAGCGCGUUCUUCCAGUUCCUUGACCACAUGUUCGGCGUCCAGCACGAGUCAAAAUUCCUCGUCAGCAUGCGCGCCUACAUGCCCCGACAGCACCGUGAGUUCCUUGGCGCCGUGGAAAAGCUGCCGUCGCUCCGCGACAUCAUCGAUGCUCGCUCACCAACACCGACAACAACAACAACUACCGACCGAGAUCAGACGCUGGUCACGGCCUUCCACGCAGUGCUUGAAGCGUUCCGACUGUUCAGGACGAGACACAUCGCCAUCGUUUCAAGGUACAUUGUACAACCCGUUGCCGCUGAAGCGAGGAGACUUCGUGCAGAAGGUAAACCCACCACAGAAGCACGAGGCACCGCUGGCUCGAAACCCGUUCCCUUUUUGAAGCAGUACCGCGAUGAGACAGUGUUGCGAUGA